ACUUCUGGAUUUUGCGGCUUCAGAAUUGUUAUUCACGAGAACUACUCUGAGCCGGCGCCACGAUAGAACUGCUUAGCACAACGGCCACGAUGACGGCAAGACCAGCAGCCACCGAUCUAAAGCACGAGACCAUGACACUGCCAUCAGGUUCAGUCUCACACAUAUGGCAAACAAACACAACGCCUGCUCGUGCGGUAGUAGUACUCCAGCACGGCUUCAGCGAAUAUGCCGAACGCUAUGUCGACGCACACCACAGCCUUAUCCGAGAGCUCAACGCUGCAAACUACACUGUGUACGCCCUCGAUCUAUGGGGCCAUGGACGCUCACCUGGUACACGCGGAGUGACGCAUCUCGGCAAAGCCGUGGAGGACCACGUUCACCUACGGCGCCUCGCCAGCAAGCACGGAGCACCGAUCAUUCUGUUCGGACACUCGCUAGGCGGCCUCGUCACCGCAGGGAGUGCAACUGCAGACUCUGAAAACAUCAAAGGAGUUAUUCUGACAGGACCUGCGCUGCCUGACCAAUUUCCGGGUCUGGCGAGGGCUGCGAUUGGACUCCUGGCUAGGGCUAUGCCGACGGUUUCUGUCCCACUGCCGUCUGCUGGGCUUGAUGGCUUGACUAGAGAUCAGGAGGAGGUAAAGAGAUUCACCAGUGAUCCGCUUGUACCGCAGCGACAGAUUCCAUUUCUCAUAGCUGCCACUGCGUUGGAUACAAUGCAGAAGGUUAACGAUGGGUUGAAGACGUGGAGCUUGCCGACCCUUGUUAUUCAUGGGACGGCUGACACGUAUGUACUGUGGAAAGGGAGUGAAAAGUUUGUACAAGGAAUUGCUUCAGAGGACAAGACCUUGAGCAGGUACGACGACGGGAGACACGAGUUGUUGCAUGACCCGCCGUGUGCCGAUGAAGUCUUUAGGGAGAUCUUGGGCUGGAUCGAUACACAUAUAUGAAUCAAC